GCCGAGUUUAACUUCCUCUCCACCACUCAACGAACGUGCUGACCGAGCGCGUGUGUCGAAGGCGACCAGACGACGUCAGUGAGUAAAACCCCACGCGCGCCAGGCCGGUUCUUGCAGUAGCCCGGCAUAUUCGCAUCUUCCAUCUGCUGCGCAUAUCCUCCCAAAGCCCGGCGCUUUGUUGUCUUUUGCUGGGUCUCGCCCUGUCCCAAGCGACGUGGCUAUCGAUUAGGUAGCGAUACCUUGCUGCAGGUAAACUUCACCUCACAUCACGUUCCUGGCCGUCUUUCGCCCAGAACGUCGGAAAGAAGCACAGCUAGCUGCCUAGUACGUGUUACACCGCCAGAGGUGCGCUUCACCCUUUGACUCGCAUAUACUCUCUUGGGACCUUGCUGCUCUUCCUGCCGCGCCUUAGUAGCAUCCGUUCUCGGCUUUCACGACAUCCUCGAUCGAGUAUUGGUCCUGUGCCACAAGCAUCGGCUGCGCUUUACGCUUUCAGCAACGACCUGUGCCACUGUACCGUAUCGGCCUGUCUGGUUCUUCGUCAACUUCCUGGCUUGGGAAACGAAGCAGAACCCUGACCUGACUUCGUCCUGCCUUGUAUACACGUCUACCGCCUCUCCCUCAAACCACUAAGCUGUAGUGGCGGCUGUAUACUAUAUCGGCCCGCAUAAGCGCAAAAAAGGCCCAUACCAUACAGUCGGGAAACCUGCAGGUGGAUCAUCGUCAUACCCAAAGCUUGCAGAAUAGCCUCUGCUCACCAAAGGCGUGCGCAGCCACGGCGCAGCAUAGUGCAGUCCACUAUUCCGAGCUCGUGCGACGGACGCCGUACAGGAGGCUUAGCCUUAGACGAGGUCGAAGCGCGACCAUCAAUUGAGUGACGUGUUUGCCAGCCUGCCAGCGAAUAACGCUGCAUACCGACAACUCAUUCAGCGCGUUCGUGGGCGUCUGCACCAGGGCCGAAUAAAACAUGUCGUCCCCCCAGCCGAAGAAGGCAGAGGCUGAAGCCGUGGAAGUUGACCAAACGACGCCAGACAUCAACGAUCAAAACGGUCAAAAGGCUCCCAUGGACCCAUCGGAUACACAAGGCCACGAGAUUGAAGUUAAGGAACAGGAUCGAUGGCUGCCCAUAGCCAAUGUUGCCAGAAUUAUGAAGUCGGCGUUGCCGGAGAACGCAAAGAUUGCGAAGGAAGCAAAGGAAUGCAUGCAGGAAUGUGUGUCCGAGUUCAUCUCCUUCAUCACAAGCGAGGCGUCCGAGAAAUGUCAACAGGAGAAGCGGAAGACGGUCAAUGGCGAGGAUAUUCUCUUUGCGAUGACGUCGCUUGGUUUCGAGAACUACGCCGAAGCUCUGAAGAUCUACCUGGCUCGUUACAGAGAGACCCUCCUCGCAACUCAGAAAUCCGGCGCUCCAGGCGCCACCGGGACCAGCGCAGGUCCCAAUGCAGCUGCCGCCGGCGCAUACAGCGAGAACGACAACGGGCUACUAGGCGGGAACGGUCUCGACGAAGGCAGCUACGACCCAGCCUUCUCCGGCGCCGUGCACAACGGGAACGGUACGGCCGAGGGUUACUAGGUGCCGCGGCGCCAGGCUCUGCUUCAGCGAAGCAAGUGGCCGGAGCGGGCGAGGAGGGCGAGGAGGGCGAGAUGGAGAUGCAGAGAACUGGCGGAACAAAGAAUGUGCGAACGGACAGGGCUGCCGAGCCCGCGGAAAGGAUGGGAACAAAAUUGCUACGGCAGAAUUUGCGAUGCAAAACGUGGGCAAGGAUGGGCUGGAGUUGGCUAUGGAGAAUAGCGGCGAUAGAACGGGCUUACUUCACCUUCAAUGGCUGUAUAAAUUCUCCGGGGUUGAUGGAAGGCUUUUCAUAUUUUUGUGCUGGAACGGGUACUGCUGCGACUAUUGCGUCAAUUUGUGAGGGAAGCUCGAGGAUACAUCAGGCUCAAUGGACACAUUCAUUACCCUUGCC